AUGUCCGAAAAAGUAAUUGAAAGUAAACAAGUCAGCAAAAGAUAUGGUGAUAAAACAGUUUUAAAUAAUGUUUCUUUUGCCGUGCGAAAAGGGACUAUUCAUGGUUUUAUUGGUCCUAAUGGGGCAGGUAAAACGACUAAACUCAGCAUUUUGACUCGUUUGGUCUUGCCUACGUAUGGCGAGGCUUAUAUCGAAAGCAAAUCGGUUAACCGCGACCCUCGCUUUAAUGAGCGAUUAGGUUUUAUUCCUGCUGAGCCGAAAUUUCAGAACUUGACAGUAGAAAAAUAUCUGCUAGAUUGCGGUUACUUACGAGAUAUUCCGAAAGAAAAAGUAUUACGAAAACUAGACGGCUCGCCGCUUUCCCAAUUUCGUUCGCAAAACUCCGACGAUAUUACUAUGAUUAGGAGAGGGCGCAUUGUUUACACAGGUCCGAAAACGGCUGACAUUGAAAAGACUUAUGAAGAGUAUUUUAUUGAAAAAGACCAACAAUUACUUGAAUUAUAA